CGAUAGGAGAAAAGAGGAGAGAAAGAGAGACCCUCACCUCCUCAAACAGCGAGUGAGGUAGAGGAGAAGAGAGCAGAAGGCGCCAGAGAGAGGAAGAGAGGAAGAGAAGGAGGCUGUGGAGUAAAAGGAAAGACAACAGCGGCUUGGACCUCAAGCAAGGAGUGUUUAAUUGUCCCCGCUUUAUUGUAAAGUGUCCAGUUUCCACCACAAAUUCGACAUGACAUCGUCCAGCAAAGACAACAGCGGCGCGCAGCAUGCCAAUUACGUGGGACCUUACCGUUUGGAGAAGACGCUCGGGAAGGGACAGACAGGGUUGGUCAAGUUGGGGAUCCACUGUGUAACAUGCCAGAAAGUCGCCAUAAAGAUUGUCAACCGGGAGAAACUCAGCGAGUCGGUACUAAUGAAGGUGGAGCGAGAAAUAGCUAUUCUGAAGCUCAUAGAACACCCGCAUGUUUUAAAGCUCCAUGACGUCUACGAAAAUAAAAAAUACUUGUACCUUGUGCUAGAACAUGUGUCAGGUGGCGAGCUGUUUGACUAUUUGGUGAAGAAAGGCCGGUUAACACCUAAAGAGGCCAGGAAGUUCUUCAGACAAAUCAUGUCUGCCCUGGAUUUUUGCCACAGUCAUUCCAUAUGCCACAGGGAUCUGAAGCCUGAGAACCUGUUGCUCGAUGAAAAGAACAACAUCAGGAUAGCAGACUUCGGCAUGGCCUCUCUUCAGGUUGGAGACAGUCUGCUGGAAACCAGCUGUGGAUCUCCACACUACGCCUGUCCAGAGGUCAUCAGGGGAGAGAAGUAUGACGGGAGGAAAGCAGACGUCUGGAGCUGUGGGGUCAUUCUUUUCGCCCUGUUGGUGGGUGCUCUGCCGUUUGAUGACGACAACCUGAGGAAUCUGCUGGAGAAGGUGAAGUUGGGAGUGUUCCACAUGCCACAUUUCAUCCCUCCAGACUGUCAGAACCUCCUCCGCGGCAUGAUUGAAGUGGAUGCCAUCAAAAGACUAACGUUAGAACAGAUCCAGAAGCACACAUGGUACCUCGCGGGGAAGAACGAACCAGAGCCAGAGCAGCCGGUGCUCAGGAAGGUGACCAUCCGCAGCCUGCCCUCUGCGGACGACGUGGACCCAGACGUGCUGGACAGCAUGCACUCCCUCGGCUGCUUCCGAGACAAAAACAAACUGCUGAAAGACCUGCUCUCAGAUCAUGACAACCAAGAAAAGAUGAUCUACUUCCUGUUACUGGACCGUAAGGAAAGGUAUCCGAGUCAGGAGGACCAGAACCUACCCCCUCGCAACGAGAUCGAUCCCCCAAAGAAGCGUGUGGACUCCCCCAUGUUGAACCGUCAUGGAAAGAGGAGACCGGAGAGGAAGUCCAUGGAGGUCCUCAGUGUCACAGACGGAGGCUCGCCCGUACCGGCGAGGAGGGCUAUCGACAUGACACAGCAUGGACAGAGGUACGCAUGGAGUAGAUCAGUGUACAGUAAAAUCGUGGAUAAUCCUGACGCCAGUACAAAAUGCAGCAAAGAAGAAAGGUCUCGGUCUAUUAGUGGAGCCUCGUCUGGCCUCUCCACCAGCCCCCUCAGCAGCCCACGGCCUGUCAGAAAGUUCUGUGUACCGCCUCAGUCCCCAGACUUCUCGCAGUCCCCUAUCACAAGCCCCUGCCCAUCCCCCGAGCCCGCCCCCAAUCGCACAGGGUCCCGUAUCUCCACCCCCAAUUCACUCGCUCCAAACAUUGAGCCCCUGCCGGCAGCACUCAACAUGAUGCAGACACUCCCCACCAAGCCCAAAAUGAUCCCCAGACCCCUCCAAGCCACACGAUCCAACACGCUCCCCGAAACUCCAGAUCCAGCAUCUGCCACCAAAUCCGAGCCCUCGAGUCCCUGCCAACUCCCGUCACAGCCACCGUCGGCCUCGGUGCCCCCAACCCCUACUUCUCCUUCUUCGCCGUCACCCUUUACUCCAUCCUCCAUCUCCAGUGCUCCAUUCCCAAAUAGCCCCCAGGUACGGCGGUGCCAUUUUGCUGCCAACCCCCAGCUCUCAGUGCCCUACAGUCCAGUGGUGCCCCUGUCGCCCAUCCGGUUGCACCACUUCCACCCUGUGGUGCCGGGGCUUUCUCCAUUCACUGACCACCAGCCCAAAUCUAUCCCGCUCAUACAGGUUACACCUCACCCCUCCCCUCGAGGCAGCCCCCUCCCCACCCCAAAGGGCACUCCGGUGCACACUCCCAAGGACAGCCCGGCCGGGACCCCCAACCCCACGCCGCCCCCCAGCCCGUCCAUCGGAGGCAUGCCUUGGAGGACACGCCUCAACUCCAUCAAAAACAGCUUCCUGGGCUCACCACGCUUCCACCGCAGGAAACUUCAAGUUCCCACACAGGAGGAGAUGUCCAGCCUCACACCAGAAUCUUCCCCAGAACUUGCCAAAAAAUCCUGGUUUGGUAACUUCAUCAACCUGGAAAAAGAGGAGCAGAUCUUCAUUGUCAUCAGAGACAAGCCUCUCAGCUCCAUCAAGGCCGACAUCGUUCACGCCUUCCUCUCGAUCCCCAGCCUGAGCCACAGUGUGAUCUCCCAAGCCAGUUUCCGAGCAGAGUACAAGUCCACAGCCGGCCCAACAGUCUUCCAGAAGCCGGUCAAAUUCCAGGUGGAUAUCACCUACACGGAGAGCACGGCGGCCACGAAGGAGAACGGCAUCUACUCUGUCACCUUCACGCUGCUCUCAGGGCCCAGUCGGCGCUUCAAGCGAGUAGUGGAGACGAUUCAGAGCCAGUUGUUAAGCACACAUGACCAGCCGGGGGUCCAACAGCUGUCUGCCCUCCAUCUUCUCAUGAGUUGUGGGGUUGCUGUCGAGGCUCUGGACCUGUUUGAGUCCUUUCCUCAGUGCGGCUCCAUCCUAUCCUCUCAACACACAGUCUGGAAGACAACAAGGAAAAGAAGAGAGAAAUAGGGAUCCCUCUCCUCCCCAUCUGCUCUUAGCCAGUCCUUCCUUGUGCAUCACUGUUUGAGUCUCAGUCGUCAUCACCUUGACAACAGCUCCACUUGCUGGUCACAUGGGGAAACGCCGCCAGACUGAUAUCCACCGUUUGUAUCAGGAGGUGUACUGUUUUCUUGGGAUGUCAAUUUCAUCUCAUGCGUGAAUCAUAAUCUUGGUGUCUCUAUGUUUGUGUCUUUAACCCUUUAAAACCAUUUCCAAUUCCAUAUCGGACUUUUUUGAAGAGACACCUGGCCACCAUACAUCUUUUGCUCUGUUACUAUGCCAUACGUUGCCGUGUCUUUGCUCUGUGGCUUUGAGGCGAUAUUGCUCACACUGGCACUGAACAAUGAACAACAGUCAUCACAGCUGUUGUGAUUAUCCUACCUCACUAAGUUGACCAAUUACUUCUGAUAUGUUAUGUUUCGGCGUAUUAACAGACUGAAGGUUGAUGGAUUAUAUUACAAUAGGUUCAAACACCUGCUGUGGUUGUAUUUCCAGCUGCAGAGAUGUACUUUGUGUAAUAUGAGAACUAUUUAUCAAUAAAAGGAUACUGAGGAUAUGACAACAUAAAACUUAAAUAAUGAUACGCUAUCAUUUCUUUUGUCAGUCUAAAUUAAUUUCCCGCCUUUACACCAUCAGAGUAUCCCUCACCGUGAUAUGCGCCCUAAAGCAGGUCAAUGUGGGCUUAUCAGUCUAUUUCCUCCACCUCCCUACUUCCUUGUGACCUCCUAACACACGAGUUGUGCCACCUGACCACGGGGCCUAUGCGGAAGGUACUGGCUGUAAUUAAGAAUAGAAAUGGCUUUGCAUACCAAACAAAAGGCUUCAUCAAGUCUCGGUCAUUAUGUCCCAUAAUCACCAUUAACAGAAGCAUACCUGGGAGCCCGGCUUAGGGAGACAAUAGGAGGGCGUGGAACAAUAAAAGGAGUGCAGCAUGCUGGAGGACUGCAGAGCAGAACCGGUCAUUUAGAGGACACUGUCUCCGUUUUAUGGAGCGGCCGAGAUCAUUAAGAUUCACGAGUGUCCUGCCAUUUUUGGAAAUGUGCAGAUUUGGGUGGAGCGAAGUGACUCAAUGGGGAAAGUCUCCACACGUGAGAAGGGAGGAGGGGACGCUCGGGAGAAGUCGGCUGCGACCAUUUUCCAGCAGGAUAAUGGAGCAGGGGAAGCCAACUGUGGUACAUUUGCACUUCUACACACACACACACACACAUUGGCGACACACAAAUACACAAAUGCAUUCACGAUGAGAUGAAGUUUGCCGAAUUACUGGACUACUGCAGGCCGUCUCAACACUGGCAGCAUUCUGUCGGAGCAAUUCCACUUUCCAACAGCCUUUUAUUAAGUGCCGACACACAAACACACACACUCUCCGGUCCGGUGUGUGAGUUUUUUUGUCGUCUGUGCAGCAGUCCUGACGCUGUCGCUGUUCAUUUGUCGGCCCAAAGGACUCUAUUGUGCAAAUGCAUCUUCACAUACUGUGAGGAGGUGGCAGGUUUGUGAGUUUCCAAAGCUGCGCUGUGCGAUGGCAAAUGUGAACAAAAAGACUCUCACCUCCCUGCAGUGGGGCCCUGCAGAAAGAGCGAGUGCGUUUAGCUGAAGAUCAUUUGUAUUCAUAUUUACACACACAAACACAACCUCAGCAAAUGUGUUUCUAGCAGUUAGAAAGAUAUAAACUUGUGUUAUUUAGCAUAUUCACCCAUUUAAUUCAGACCGCAGCAUAAGCUGGACUGUUUCUUCCAAGAGUUGGCACAGUGAUGAUGUAGCCAACGCGGCGUGUUUGAUGUCUUUGUCCACGUUUAAUCUCUAGCUAAAGUGUAAAACUCCAAACUAAAGUGAAGACAUGAGUUGAUCAAAGGUUGUCUCUGUCCUCUAAAGCAGCUUUAAGGCCAAACUUGACUGUAUUGGAUGCACUUCACUUGCAGAAGGCCGACAGCCUCAGCAUCAGUGGUAUAAUGAAGCCUGCAACAUCUCCACAGACAAUUAGGUUGAGCAAAAGGAGAAGAGACACGGACUCAUCAUCCUUCAAGGGCCGCGGUGUUUCUUCUUCACACUACCAGCGUUCCCAUUGUCCACCUCCCAUCACCCGCCCGGCUUCUGGCUGUCUCCAAGCGCUCGGGCACCGACUCGCACAGACAACACGCCCCGCUUCCUCUUCCUGCAUCGCACAGUUUACGCGUUGGAGAAGCUGGCUGUAGUUUCCGGCUACAGGAGCUGACGGCUGACUUUGGUCGGCGGCCCUAUUCGCUUUACUUUCCACUUUGAGAUUGAAUGCCUGUUGCGUGUCUUCAUGGGUUGUGCCGUUCCAUAUGCAUGGUCUGUCGUCCUGACAUGGCUGCUCCGGCAGCUUCCAUUCUCGCUGUGUCCGUCAGUCCUCCUUCGCCUCUGCUUGUUCUGUCUUUUACGUGUAGCCUCGUCUCUGUCCUGUGAAGCCCAUUGUUCAUUCGUUUGUUCUCUCUUUUCCCUUUUUUCUGUCCUCUUUUUUCCUCCCCGUCUGUGUACCUAGGCAGCCCCCUGAGUAACUUCUUUGACGUAAUAAACCAACUUUUUUCAGACGAGAAGAACGGACAGGUGCCCUUCCCGUCUGGCACGCCCA